AUGGUUUUUCCUUUCAACUUCAAACUUUCUGCUCCAGGCCCCGCAAAUCCCUUCGCCUCCCCGCAAAUGCGGCGCCCUUCCAACUCAGCGCCUGGGGACCGUGACUUUGACAAGCGGAAGCUCGGGAACUUCCUCCACCCACGCCGACCUCCCUCCCCGUCUCUCCUGCCACCCCUAGCCAAGAAGAGAGGAUGGAUUCCCUCCAUCCCUGAGCCCAGCCCUGCUGCUGCCUUCCCGACCUCUACUAGUGGCUACCUCGACACUCCCGCGAAGUACAGGGACACCGUGGAGGCGGCUAUCCAGGGAGAUGAUAUUGACGAGAUGGUGGCAGAUCUUCCCCCGCCCAAACGGCGUCGCACCCUCACUGGCUCUAUCGUCUCAACUGCGAUGAGCGCUGCUCUGAUAGGGACUGCAGUAGGCCUUACUGUGUAUCGACUGUGGAAAGACAGGUCCAAGCACCCCGAGCAGCUCCCCCCUCCCCCUUACGAGCAAGGGGAGUGGGUCCCUCCUAAGCAUGAGCUCUCUACGCCCAUCUCACCGAUUACGCCGACUGCCGAUGCAGAAUCACCGGCUCCGCGUUCCAAGAAGAACCAUCACGUCGCGGGCCGGCGGACUGCCCCGCGUCAUCGCAAGACGGUCUCCCGCGCAAACAUUAUUGGUAACUCCCCGCCCAUGGGUUCUUCCGUCCCCACCGCCCGCAUGCCGAUUCCCGCCCAGUUUAACUUCGUCGGCGCAGACGAGCCGGAGGUGGACGUCGACGACCAGAUGUCGUGGAUGGGCGACAGGCUCGCGCAGCUGAUUGCCGAGGGGCAACGCGCCCUCGGAAAGGAGGUAGUUGUCAUGAGCGAGGACCAGGAGGAGCCGGUGGACGAUGGUGCUGAUGGGUGGGUCGAGGAAGAGGAUGAUGAUACGCCUUCUAGACGUUCCCGAUUUUCUACAGGCAAAGGCAAGCAGCCCUGGGGCCCCGCCCUCCCCUCGUACUCACCGUCGCACGGCUUUCCGCGGCAUGAUCGGACUACCUUCGACAUGAAGCCGAGCGCAAUCGCAGUUCCUAGCCUCGGCUCGCCGCGGCUCGGCAGGGAGGCGUCCCUCGAGUCAGAGGGCUUCACCAGCGCGAGCUUCAUGGAGGACGAAUCGGUAUGGCAGACUGAGGAGUUGAGGGAGUCGAUGGAGCGCGCGCGGAUGCGUUACCAGCGGAAUCGCGCGUGA